AUGUCGAUUCAUGAAAAUGUCUUGAGCUGUAGAAGAAAGCAACCCGAGCUCUUCAAAUCUGAAACUGCACGAAAGACGCAGAAAGACAGUUCGUUCCAUCUUCGAGUCAUCUUUUUGGACGAUAGUGAGCAUGUGUUUGAAAUGGAGCAAAAAUUGCUGGGAAAUGAUUUCUUCAAAAGAGUAUGUGGACACCUUAAACUGGUGGAAAAAGAAUACUUUGGCCUUGAAUUUCGACAUCAUUGUGGCAGUUAUGUUUGGUUGGAACUGCUCAAGCCUCUUGCAAAACAAAUUCAAAAAACAAAUGAUCUGACAUUCCACUUCAUAGUUAAGUUUUUUCCUCCAGACCAAGGACAACUGCAGAAAGAACUAACAAGGUAUCUGUUUGCACUGCAGAUCAAGCAGGAUCUGUCCAAUGGCAGUCUGACGUGUAAUGAUAACAGUGCUGCUUUGCUGGUGUCCCAUCUACUGCAGGCAGAGAUUGGCGACUAUGUAGAGGAGCUGGACAAGCAGCAUUUGGAGAACAAGAGGUACAUUCCAAACCAGGAGCGUCUCCACAGAAAGAUCAUGCACUUCCACAAGAGACACAGAGGUCAAACCCCAGCUGAAGCAGAUAACCAGUUGCUUGAAGUGGCCCGUAAACUGGACAUGUAUGGCAUCCGGCCUCAUGCAGCCAGCGAUGGAGAAGACAUGAGAAUUAAUCUGGCUGUCACUCACUCUGGAGUGCUGGUCUUUCAGGGGAAUACCAAAAUAAAUACCUUCAGCUGGGCCAAUAUCCGUAAACUCAGCUUCAAGAGAAAGUACUUUUUGAUAAAACUUCAUGCAACGAUUGUGCCUUCCUAUAAUGACACAGUAGAGUUUUCCAUGGCCAGUCGUGAUGUUUGUAAGGCCUUCUGGAAAAUGUGUGUGGAAUACCACGCUUUCUUCCGUCUAUCGGAGGAACCAAAGGGCAAGCAAAAAUCGCUCCUCUACAGCAAGGGAUCUUGCUUUAGAUACAGUGGUAGGACUCAAAAGCAGCUGUGUGGAAAGAAGAAGAACUUGCCAUUUCAGAGGAAGUACUCUAAAAAUUACUAUGACACACGGCAGUGCAGAUCCUCACCUGACCUGCUCACUGAUGUCUCCAAGCAGGCAUAUGAGCAGUCCUGUGGUUUUCCCAAUGAGGGCUGCACUCACACUGAGCGGCGGAGUCAGUCAGCAGUGGAGGUUCUGCUCUCAUCUGAUUAGAGGACUCCCUGAACCCCUCCUUACACCCCUUUUGCCC